AUGCCCAGAGGAUUUUUAGUGAAGAGGAGUAAACGCGGCUCAGCGGCUUCUUACAGAACUCGUAAUGACAACGAACUGCCAAAAGUGGACAUGCAUGUGCAUACACCGGAGGGGCGAACUGGUGUGCCAAAUGCGUACCCAAUUGUGCCGUUAUCCGAGGAUGGUACAUUUGGAGAGCCAUGGACCAGCGACCCGGCUGAAGCGGAUCAGGUUCAGCUGCCGGAGAGCGCAGACAAGGUGGAGAUCAGGGAGGACUUUGGGAAAUACCCCCUACACUAUCCCCUCACUGAACCGGACCAUGACGGGUCUCCUGGCCGGGCUGACCUCUCCUAUAGCCCGAUAAAACCAGUUGGCACUGAGCUGGAAAAAUCUUUCUUCGACCGGUGUAUGAGUUCACCAACCGUGACAGAGACGUUCCCGAUGAGCACGCCCGUGUCCUCAAUAGAAAGACUUCUACUAAAUCACGCGCCCUUUGGACACUCUGAUAUGAAAUUCGACCCACCUGUGCACCUCUACCCAUCUCUCCAUCAUGCUAUGAAACGCACGUACACGGAGCCGGAGCGAAAGACCAAGCCAGCACCCAAAAAGCCUAAAGUGAUCAGGAAGCUCAGUUUAGAGGAUGAAAUCUUCACCUCACCAGUGCUUGGGCUGAGAAUUAAGAAGGAGACCCCUGAAUUUAAAGCAGCAACAGCAUCUUCUGGUAAAAAGAAACCGUUGGGAGAAUUCAUCUGCCAACUCUGCAAAGAGGAAUAUCUUGACCCUUUCUCCCUCGCACAACACAAGUGCUCCAGGAUUGUGCGCAUAGAGUACCGCUGUCCAGAGUGCGACAAAGUUUUCAGCUGUCCUGCCAACCUGGCCUCUCAUCGCAGGUGGCAUAAGCCUCGUCCGGUUAACAACGGAGAGACACAGAGCGCAAAAAAGUCACAACCAGAGGCACAGUUGCACGAGAGGACAUCCACUGACGUUGCCUCUCCCUUCUUACAGAACCCCGGGACAGUUGAGGAGAUUUACGAAUGUCGCUAUUGCAGCAAGAAGUUCCGAAGACAAGCGUAUCUGAGGAAACAUCUUGCGGCGCACGAGACAAUCAAAGUCUCGCCCUAUAACCAGAUAGAGAGUGGGCAAAUCACGUUUCCCUGUCACUUGUGCGGUGCCCAUUUCCCAUCCGCUGAAAUUCGGGACAAGCACAGAGUUUGGCAUGCAAUGAGAGACGACAUUCUAAUGAAUCCAGGGAAGAUUGCGGGUAGACCAGAAUUAAUUAGACCAGACCUUACACAGGGAGAUCAACAGAUAUUCACCUGUAAGCACUGCCCCUCUACCUUCUUCAGUUCUCCUGGGCUCACGAGGCAUAUCAACAAGUCUCACCCUACAGAGAACCGGCAGGUGAUGCUGCUACAGAUGGCAGUCCGGCCCGGCUGCUAA